AUGCAGAAUGGAAAUGCAGGGCGUCAAUUGGAAACUCAAAGAGUCGACCUGAAGUUCUUCGAUCUCGAUGAUAUCAUCGCCUUGUCGGAAUCCACUUCUUGCACGUUCGUGGCCGAGGAGUUGAGCCUAGGUGUGAUUGUUUCGCAAAGAGAGUUUCACACUGACAUCCUUCUAGAUUUUUUCAAAGAAAUGAUGGGAAUUUCAAAGCCGACUGUAAAUUCAGAAGGACACUGCGCAGAUACUCCACUUUGGCUUAUCAAUUCAGUCAAAUCCCCUCAUUUCGUUAGUUUUUAUUUGUAUCGAGAAAUCAAGACAAUUUGUUUCAGGUACACUUAUCACAAUCGUUGAGUGUGAAUAUGCAAAGUGUGCUCAACGCCGACGCUCGUAACGUAAACCUCUCUCGAUUAGAACAACACUUCUACGCGAACGGAAUGCAAGUAUGUCAGCUGAUGAGAUCCCAGAAUCCGGAAGCCGCUUUCAAUCUCUCCAAAUGUUUGCUUUCCACGCUGACGCAACGGCUAGGAGGUUUCACUUUCAUAGUAAUCUCAAGGUUUCAAACAUAACCAUUCAGACAUCAUUUCGAAUGCUGCACACGCGCGGAGAAAAGCCGACAAAUUCGACAGUCUGGAAAUACAAGUGUUCCAAGAAGCAAAGAAGUGCAAAGAGGAUAUCGAUGCUUGGUUGCGGCAAGAUAAUAAACCAAGUUCCAAAAAGCGGAAAAGAAGAAACAGUUAA